GUUGAUAUCGAUAUGAUUGUUUCUGCUCGUGCGACUCACGGCUCACGAUCGUUCCACUCACGAUAGCGAUAGCGAAGCAAACGAUUGUCAUUGUCAGUCAUUCAUUUGUCAUUAUUACUCAUUUUUGUCCUUGAAGAAAGUUCUUCUUUGCCAUAUUUUUAAUAAUCUUUCAUUUGGUGCUGUAAUUAGAUUACUUUGAGGUUGUGAUCUUAGAAACUACGUACCUACUUUUUAAUUCUCGAAUAUUCAACAAAUAAAAUGUUGGUUGAAGGAGUACCCUCAGCAAUGCCUCAUUUGGAGGUUGUCAACAAAUUAUGGACAUUUCCAGUGGUGGAAAGUGCCUGGAACACAUCUUCCAGCAUGUACGGCCGUGUCAAGGGCUACAAUAGCCUCACAAACUGGACUCUCAACACGGCCGAAGGUGCAAUGCAGCUGGCUUUCGAACAGGUUGCGCCGAUUGUGGUGAAACGAUUUGAGCAGCCGAUCCAAGCGGUUGAUGGAAAGCUGUGUGCAGGCUUGAACAAGCUGGAGGAGAAAGUGCCCCUAGUGAAGGAGCAACCACAACAGGUGUAUGAAAAGGCGAAGACGUAUGCAGUGGCUAGCAUCCAGCCGGCCGUUGACGCUGUGCAGGCACGUCUGCAGCAGGCGAAGAGUGUGAACGUGCGCUCUCUCAAAGACCUGUCCUAUUCGAAAGCCAACGAACUGUUGACGUCUCAGUACGGCAACCUGGCCCUGGCCGGACUCGACACCACAACCGGAAUGGCCGAACGGUGUCUCGACUAUUAUCUGCCAGCUCUCGAUCAACAAGACGAACAAUCCCACUUGCAUUCGAACCUGGAGUGUGACGACAAAGUGUCGCACACACUGCACACUGUUGGAGUGCUCUCGAACAAGGUGGGCCGCAGGGUCUACUACAACGUGAGCCACCAUCUCACCCAGAUCAACCAAAAGAACAUCGCUGACUACCUCAGCUCUCUCUACCUCGUCAUUCAGCUCACCGAAUUUCUCAACGCUAUCAACAAGAAGGUCGAAGAACGCACCAGAAAUGAAACACCUCAACAGUCUUGAAAUGUAUUCUGUACAUGCUCAACAUUCCAAAUAUAAUUAUAUCUAUACAAAUCCUUUAUAUAUUAAUCGUAAGUCAAUUUUAUAUGGUUAUAUUCAAUGUGUCUCAAUAUUACAGACACCUCAUUUGGAAAGGGAAUCUAUUUAUAAGUAAAAGGUAAUGGUUAGAAUAUAUCUUCCAACAGAAAAUAUACUGUGCCUAAAUUUUCUAUCUCAGUCACUUGAUUUGAAAAGAGAAUAUAUAUUUAUAAAAAGGUAGUGGUUGAAAUAGAAAUAAAUAAUCUUCCAAGAGAAAAUUAAUAGUUGUGCCUAAAUUUAUAUUUUUACAAAUUUCAUUAACUAUCUAUUAAUCUUCUUGUUGUACGAGACAUGUAAUCAAAGUCUGAUGAUAAUUUAUCUCAUUCCUAUUAUACUGUUCAUACUAAGCAGUAUAUAUUAAUUAUUCAUAUAGUAAAUUAAUGUCUGUAAAGUAAUUUCCUACAUAAACAAUGAGUCUGAGGUAUUUUCUUGGGAAGUGCUAUUUCAAAAUUAAAUUCAGUUACCAAGUCUCUUCAUCAUGUAUUUUGUAAUUCUACCAUUUUCAAUAAAUAAUAUAUAUUAUAUCGU